AUGCUCAAGAUUUACCAUCAUUUUAUAUUCCAAGUCCCAGCAGCAAUUAAUUUUAUGUUGGGACUCAUAAUCUUUAUUGCUGAAAGGUGCCGUGAAGCUAGGCCUAAUCCUGAAAAUACUCAAUUCGUUGCAAUAAUGACUUUUUGUUCUGCUAUCGAUAUUCAAUCUUUACGAUUAAUUAGUUCAAAAAUUUUUGGACUAGAAUCUUUUUCUGUCGAUUUUUCACCUAUUUCUACAAAAAUUAUUGCUUGGAUUUCUGUUGUCAAUAUAUUUAUUGAAGAUAUUCCACAAUUUAUUAUUCAAGUAGAAUAUAAAAAAGCUGUGCAAGGAUUUACUUUUAUUCCAUUUGCGAGUCUAAUAUUAAGUAGCAUUGUUUUAGUUUGUUCACUAGAACGCUUAUUCUAUGCUAUAGAUACAGGACCUUGUACUCCUUGUGAUUGUUUUAAUGUAAAAAGACUUUGUUCUAAUUUGUUAGAUCAAAAAUAA